ACAUCACUCAGUUCCCGUCUGCUUUAUUUUGCUUCGGUCUCCGGAGCCGCCAUUACAGGAAGAACCGGACCGAGCCGAGCUGGAGAAUACCGGAGUGGGAAAGAACAGGAGGGACCGGACGAGCGAUACCGAGGAGUCCGGUCCCGGGAGGGAUGUGUGUGGGGGAGGGAGGCCGGCAAAGGGAUAAAGCCAGCUUCCUGAUAGACAGAACCAGCCUAUCUUGGAAGUGCCACGAUGACGGAUUAUGGCAUAAAAUGGGCUUGUGAGUAUUGUACUUAUGAGAAUUGGCCAUCUGCUAUCAAGUGCACCAUGUGUCGUGCCCAAAGACCCAGUGCUGCCAUAAUUACAGAGGAACCAUUCAAAAGCAGCACCCCUGAUGUUACUACCAUGGAAAGAGGAGGUGGAAGUCCUUUAAUUUGCCCCGAUUCAAGUGCAAGACCACGUGUAAAGUCUUAUAGCAUGGAAAAUAGCUCGAAGUGGUCUUGUCACAUGUGCACAUAUCUGAACUGGCCACGAGCCAUCCGAUGCACACAGUGUUUGUCCCAGCGUAGGACACGUAGUCCCACAGAGUCUCCUCAAUCAUCUGGAUCUGGUAUACGGUCCAUUCCCAGCCCUAUUGACCCAUGUGAAGAAUAUAAUGACCGAAAUAAACUGAAUAUUAGGGGUCAGCAUUGGACGUGCUCUGUUUGCACUUACGAGAACUGUGCCAAAGCAAAGAAAUGCGUGGUGUGCGACCACCCUACCCCCAACAACAUGGACGCUAUUGAGCUGGCUGAUGCAGACGAAGCCUCCUCUAUCAUUAAUGAGCAAGACCGUGCUCGAUGGAGAGGUGGCUGCAGCAGUAGUAACAGCCAAAGACGUUCUCCACCUAUGUCAAAGAGAGAUUCUGAGAUGGAAUUCCAGAGGAUCGAGCUGGCUGGGGCAAUGGGCAGCAAGGAUGAGCUGGACCUCAAAAAGCUGAAGCAAAUAAAGAACCGGAUGAGGAAAUCAGACUGGCUCUUUUUGAAUGCAUGUGUGGGGGUCGUGGAGGGCGAUCUCUCGGCAGUGGAAGCGUUUAAGUCCUCUGGGGGAGAUAUUGCACGGCAGCUUUCUGCUGAUGAAGUUCGUCUUUUGAAUCGCCCGUCGGCCUUUGAUGUGGGUUACACGCUCGUGCACCUGUCUAUUCGCUUCCAGAGGCAGGACAUGCUUGCUAUUCUUCUUACGGAGGUGUCUCAGCAUGCGGCUAAAUGCAUCCCAGCAAUGGUGUGUCCGGAGCUUACUGAGCAAAUUAGACGGGAGAUUGCAGCUUCCAUGCACCAGAGGAAGGGUGAUUUUGCCUGUUAUUUCCUGACUGACCUGGUAACGUUCACAUUACCUGCAGAUAUUGAGGAUUUGCCUCCUACAGUGCAGGAGAAGCUGUUCGAUGAAGUUCUGGACAGGGACGUGCAGAAAGAAUUAGAGGAGGAAUCUCCUAUCAUUAACUGGUCGCUGGAGCUAGGGACCCGUCUAGACAGCAGACUUUAUGCACUUUGGAACCGCACUGCAGGUGACUGCCUGCUGGAUUCGGUACUACAAGCAACAUGGGGCAUCUAUGACAAAGACUCUGUGCUAAGAAAGGCUCUGCAUGAUAGCCUUCAUGACUGCUCCCACUGGUUUUACAGCCGUUGGAAGGAGUGGGAGUCUUGGUAUUCUCAGAGUUUUGGGUUACACUUCUCUCUACGAGAGGAACAGUGGCAGGAAGAUUGGGCUUUCAUUCUGUCAUUGGCCAGCCAGCCAGGGGCAAGCUUGGAACAAACACACAUUUUUGUCCUCGCGCACAUUCUUAGAAGACCAAUAAUAGUAUAUGGAGUGAAAUAUUACAAGAGCUUCCGUGGGGAGACACUGGGCUACACUCGUUUUCAAGGAGUGUACCUGCCUCUGCUGUGGGAGCAAAGUUUCUGCUGGAAAAGUCCCAUAGCCUUGGGCUAUACUAGGGGCCAUUUCUCCGCUCUAGUAGCCAUGGAGAAUGAUGGCUAUGACAAUCGUGGUGCUGGUGCAAAUCUGAAUACAGAUGAUGAUGUUACAGUUACCUUUCUGCCACUGGUAGACAGCGAAAGGAAGCUUCUGCAUAUUCAUUUUCUGUCUGCACAAGAGCUUGGCAAUGAGGACCAGCAGGAGAAGCUCCUGCGUGAGUGGUUGGACUGUUGUGUGACAGAGGGUGGUGUCUUGGUAGCCAUGCAAAAGAGUUCCCGCCGUCGCAAUCACCCACUGGUGACUCAGAUGAUGGAAAAGUGGUUGGAUGGUUAUCGCCAGAUACGCCCGUGUACGGCAUUAUCAGAUGGCGAAGAAGAUGAAGAAGACGAGGAUGAGUGAGAAAUGGCUCAUGCAUACAGUCGGAACAGGGUGUGCUGUGUCACAGCUGGCACCUGAGUGCAAGGAACCCUUCCUCGCCUGUCUGGGACCUACUGUGAGGAACGAUGCUCCAGAGCAUCCAAUCCCCGAGGAAGCAGCACUUGUAGCUCUAAUGAAAAAAAUAUUAUUGAGACUAAACAGUUUGGGAUUUUUCUUCUCCUUUCCCACCCCUUCUAUUCUGGGUUGUAAAUCUUGGCAUAUAAUGCAUGUUCUGCAAUAGAGAGAAAAAUAUCCUGUAACCAGGCCAUACCAAGAAAUGGGUGGUCACUUUCUGUUUUAUUCCUAGUUCCUGACACUUUUUUUUAUUUUUACUAUUUCAUAGCUAAUGAGCAGGUUUUUUUUCUUCACCUUUUUAAAUGCCUACACAUUUAACCCUGGUAUUUCUAGAUGACUUUAGGGCUGAAUAUUGCAUAGCCACAAAAAAAGCCCAGUCAAUGUCUCAAGCAAUAAAGGGGUUAAUACUUUAAUUUUAUAAUUUAAUGCACUAAAGGCCAAAAUGUAAAUACAGGCCUGCUAGAGUCAUGUUUUGGGUUUUUUUUCCUUUUCAUACAAGCAGUAUUGGUAUUGGUCUAACAAAAAAAAAAAAAAUCUUGUUUUAAUUUCUACCACCACCUUCCCGCAAUGUAAAGAAAUCUUGUAUCUGUUUACUCCCCAUGUUGUAUUUUUUGCUUUAUUUUUAUUUUUUUUGUCCCCCCCCCCCCUUUUCAGAAAAUGUUAUUUGUUCAGGAACACUUGUUCCCUGAACUCACCCUUUAAUAUGCAGGAAUUAGGUUUAAAGCAAUUGUGUGCAGUUUGCCGGAUUGGGCUUGAUUGCGAAUGUGACACAAAUACAUAUUCUUGCUGUGAAACCACCUCCUUUUGCAAUGCUGUUUGUGUCACUUUGCAUUUAGUUCUGUUGAAUUGUGUACUUUACAAAAAUGUACCGCGUGCCCCAUGCUAGCUUGUCACUGCUUGGAUGGGACUAUGGAUGUGAAAAUGAGAGAUUCUCAUUAUAUAACUUUUCUUUUUGACUCUUGGGAAGAUGCUAAUGUGGUCAUUGUACCCCUUCAUUUUCAUUUGUUAGGUUUAUUUUUUUGCAGUAAAGGAAAUGUUUACAUCUGUAAUGCAGCAACACUAAAGAUGCAGAAGUCAGGGGCUAGAUUUGUAACAACGCCACUUAUUUUUUUGUUUUGUUUUAAUUAUAAUAUAUUUCACUUCAAA